AUGAUAGGUACGCGUUCACAAUCUUCAAAGUUCAUGCAAAUUUGGCACUCUUGUGUUGGUGCCUGGGUCAUUAUUAGUCUUUUGGUUUGCCAGGCUAGCGGCGGGCCGGAGGUAGCUGGAUGUGAGCGAUUAGGCAUUGCUAUUUCUUGUGAGCUAAGACAGAUAGGUCUAGCUAGCUCUUGUGGGAAGAGACGAAUAUGCCUAUCUAAUUUUGGUAGGAAGCGACGAAUGGCCCUGGAUAGUCCUGGCAAAAAGGGUAUAGUUGGUCGGGAGGCCCAGAAGACCUCUCAACAAGAUACAGAGCUCUCUCAAGUAACAACGCCUCCACCCAAUAUACCAUUCCCAUCACCACCACCCAGCGCAUCUAUAAUAGACCCUUUAUUACGAAUUGGGAUGUUUUCCAACAGCGCUCAGCAUACUUGGAAGCGCGUUGUCAAACACGGCCAAAGGUGGUGGAAACUAAAGUUAACUCCCGAAGUAGCUCGACUGGAUGCAGUGCACAACAACAAGCAGUACCACUCCAUGUUACUUAAGCCCCUGGCCGCAACCCCCAACCAUCACAUAAUUGCUAUACUAAAGGAGUGGGAUGGGCUGGAUUAUAUCAGGUACAUCAACGACCUAAGUCUAUUGCGAAGAAUCAAAAGCACGAUUCCCGUGCGUAUUAUUGGCAUAGAAAUAUCCUACAGAGAAGCGGCAGCAGCCAUGAUGCUCUUCCUAAUGAAAAUUCUAGACGUUCCUGAGCUUAUCAUCGACUGGUAUGACACCGGCGUUAACACCCACCCAAUUGCGCUAAAUCAGUUUGAUGUGCUACUAAGCGAUAUUCCCAACAAAAUGGCGCAGCGGCUGACCAGGGCCAAUGUUGUCUACGGCGUAGGCAAACACUGGGAACCAUUUUUUGAGUUAGUCGCAACGAAGUAUAACAUAUAUCUACCGAGUCGAGGGCGUGACCUGCUAAUGGGAUUGUAUUAA